AUGGCUGCAUUAGCAGAGAUUCAAUCCGACGUUCCGCCGCAUUGGACCAUGUCUUCCCGGAAGAUCGCCAUCGUUGUCUCGUUGUCGAUCAUGUCCCUGGUCAUCGCCCUGGACGCCAACAUCAUCGUCACUUCGCUCUCGAACAACGAGGCCAUCAUCCAGGAUAUUGGUGGAACAUCGACGCAGGCUUUCUGGGUCGGCACGGCGUACCUGAUCUCGUGCGCAGUCGUCAUGCCGUUCAUCGAGUCUGUCAGCAACGUCUUUGGACGCCGUGAAGUCCUCAUCCCGUGCAUUGGCUUGUUCACUGCGGGCACUUUGAUGUGCUGCUUCACGUCUGAGAUCGCCUUGAUGAUUGCAGGGCGCGUGGUGCAAGGUGUCGGCGCUGGUGGGAUGUACGUUCUCUGUCUCGUCAUCUUUACCGACAUCGUGCCCUUACGUCUGCGAUUCAAGUUCUAUGGGAUUAUGCAAGGUCCACCAUACCAUUGCCGUUAG